AUGGAGUGGAGUGACAACAACAUGGAGUGGAGUGACAGUAACCGUGGUAGCAACAAUCGUGGCCGUGGACGCGGCCGUGGUCGGAACUAUGGAGGCGGAGAUGGUGGCGGUCGGAGUUAUGGAGUCUCACAAGAUGGUGGCGGUCGCAACUAUGGUGGCAGAGGUGGAGAUGGUGGCGGUCGCAAUAACGGUGGCAGAGGCGGAGAUGGUGGCGGUCGCAACUAUGGUGGCGGUCGCAAUAACGGUGGCAGAGGCGGAGAAGGUGGUGGAACUGGUGCUGGUUACUAUCCCCGUGGUGGUGGCCGAGGUAGAACUAACCAACAGCAGUACAGUAAUCAACAUCAGGAACAGUACGGGCGGGGUAGGGGUAGAGUAUCUGACGGCGGUGGUCGCGGCGGAGGUGGUGGUCAACAGUCGUACUGGACUCCUGCUAGGCAGAAUGCGGAUCGGGUACCAGAUCAUCCCGGUGGCGAUCGAGAAGCAAAACGUAGUCCUGUUGGAUCUGGUCAACCAGUCGAGUCUCCAUCUCAGGCUCUCACUCAUACUCAGAACCGCGUUGCUGACCUUCAGAUUCAGGAAGUCACCAAUCGUGUAUCACCUUCAAAUGACGAUGGAGAACAUGCUAAUGUGCCAAUUAAGCGUCCUGACCAUGGCACACAUGCCAUGAGAUUAGUGAAGCUUCUUGUGAACCAUUUUCCUGUGAACUUCAUUCCAUCAAAGACGAUACUACGUUACGAUGUUGAUGUCAAACAUGAUGUCCCUUCUUCAAGUCGCUCUGCAAAAAAAUCAAUUCCAAAAGCAGAGCUUCGAUUGAUCCAACAGAAGCUCUGUUCUGAUAACCCUAAUCAAUUCCCCCUACUCCAAACUGCAUACGAUGGUGAAAAAAACAUCUACAGUGCAAUUUCAUUACCUGAGGGGAUUUACAAUGUUCGACUAAAUGGUCGUUCUUACUCAUGCUCCAUCAAAUAUGGAAACGAGUUAGCUCUUUCAAAGCUUCAAGAUUUCUUGAAAGGAAACUCCACGCAGAUCCCACGUGAUGUGUUGCAAGCUCUUGAUGUAGUAAUGAAAGCAAAUCUUUUCAGGGAAAAGGUUUCAGUUGGAAGAGGUAUGUAUCCACGUGUCCACAGACAAGAAGAUGACCUUGGUUAUGGUAUUGCAGCAUUUAGAGGCUCUCAACAAAGCCUAAAGCUUACUAAAAAUGGACUAGUCAUGUGUUUGGACUAUUCUGCCAUUCCUUUCCGCAAAAGAAUGCCUGUUAUUGACUUUCUCAUGGAGUCCAUUCCCAACAUUCGUGAUGUUAGUGAGAUUGGAAGAUUUGGGAACAUUGUUGUUAAAGCGCUGACUGGAUUAAGAGUCAGUGUGACUCAUCGUCGUACAAAUCAAAAGUAUGUUGUGUCUGGAUUAACAGAAAAACCCACAAAGGAUAUUUCCUUUGUUCUUGAAGAUCUUGAAGGGAAGAAAGAACCCCAAGUUGUCAUGCUUACAGAUUACUUCAGAGAAAAAUGGGGGAAAGAGAUUAAGCAUAAGGGUAUUCCUUGUUUGAAUUUGGGAACUAGUAAGAAGCAAAAUUAUGUCCCUAUGGAAUUUUGUUUUUUGGCUGAGGAUAAAAGAUAUCCAAAGGAGCAAUUGGGUAAAGAAGCUGCUAGAAUACUCAAAGAUUUAUCUCUUCUCAAUCCGAAUACUCGUAGGAAUGAGAUAAGAAGCAUGGUUCGUGACGAAUAUGCACCUGGCAAAAACGGUGCCAAUUCCAUCAAGCAUUUUGAUGUGGAAGUCGGAAUGAGCAUGACGGAAGUAGACGGGCGAGUGAUGGCCCCACCACAGCUCAAACUCGGUUCCUUAAACGGAAAAACAAUGACAACAACAGUUGACAAAAUGAAAUGUCAUUGGAAUCUUCUCCAAGGAAGAACAUUAACCCAAGGGAAAUCUUGCGAAAGGUGGGCCCUAAUAAACUUCAACCGUGACAAUCGUCAAAUGAACCAACAAGUCGAUUAUUUCAUCGGUAAAUUAAUCAACAAAUGUCACAGCAUCGGAAUCCAAAUGGAAGACCCGCUCUUCGUCCACCACACCACCAUGAGAGAAUUCUCAGACGUAAACCGAAUCGAUCGUCUUCUCAAACGAGUCACGGAAGAUUCUAGAAGGUCCACCAAAGAACGCCUCCAGUUAAUCGUCUGUGUUAUGUCAGACAAAAACGACGGCUACAAAUACCUCAAAUGGGUAUCCGAAACCCAAAUCGGUGUCAUCACACAAUGUUGUUUAUCCUUCAACGCCUUCAAAGCAAACGAUCAGUUUCUCGCAAAUUUAGGAAUGAAAAUCAACGCGAAAUUAGGCGGAAGCAAUGUGGAGUUGAUCGAAAAGUUCCCUUGUUUCAACGGUCCGGAUCAUUUCAUGUUCAUCGGAGCCGACGUAAACCACCCCGCUCCGUCCAACGAAUCCUCGCCAUCUGUCGCCGCCGUCGUCGGCUCCGUCAACCCCACCGCCACCCGCUACGCCGCCCGCGUCUCCCCCCAAACCCACCGCAAAGAAGAAAUCGUCAACUUCGGAAGCCUAUGUGUUGACCUAGUCAACACUUAUUACAACAUAAACGGAACAAAACCUAACAAGAUUAUCGUUUUUCGCGAUGGUGUAAGCGAUGGACAAUUCGACAUGGUUUUGAACAAAGAAAUGGUGGAUAUGAAAAAAGCGCUUUACGACAAAAGCUAUCGACCCGCGAUUACAUUUGUGAUCGCGCAAAAACGACACACGACGCGGUUGUUUCUAAACAACGGGAAUGAGGUCGGGAAUGUUCCACCGGGGACGGUUGUCGACACUACAAUUGUUCAACCUUUUGAGUUUGAUUUCUAUCUUUGUUCUCAUUUUGGUGGAAUGGGAACGAGUAAGCCGUGUCAUUACUCUGUGAUUUGGGAUGAGAUUGGGUUUUCGUCUGAUGAGAUGCAGAAGUUGGUGUACCAUUUGUGUUAUGUGUUUGCGCGGUGUACGAAGCCGGUGUCGCUGGUUCCGCCGGUGUAUUAUGCGGAUCUUGUCGCGUACCGCGGUCGGAUGUUUCAGGAGGUGGCGGCGGAAUCGGAAUCCGGGACUCCGGGGUCGGUUCCGGCGUCGUUUGAUCGGUUCUUUUAUACCGUGGAGCAGAAUUUGAAGGAUGCGAUGUUUUUUGUGUAA